AUGGGCAACGAGAUCUCUGCUAUCACGCAGGCGUUGGCGGCGGCCAAUUCGACAUACGUAAUGCCUUCCCUUCUCGCCGUUGCUGACACCACGACGUCCGCGGACACGUCGCCCUUGCUCAACGCUGUACAAAUCAAUGACGCGGCACUGGUGGCGCGCCUGCUUGACGAGGGCGAAAAUCCCAACUCGUCAAACGAGAACGGGUGCACACCCCUUAUGACGGGUGCGGCGGCUGGCCACAGGGCGAUUGUGGACGUGCUUUUGGCGCGAGGCGCCACCAUGGAUCUUGUCGACAAGAAUGGUGACUAUGCUCUCUACACUGCGGCCAUGAAUGGUCUCUUGGAGAUCGUGCAGCUUCUCGUCGAGCAUGGCGCCACUGUCGCGCCAACCAACGUGGGCGAGGACCUUCCCAUUUUGGUGGCGUACGACAGAGGCCACGACAAUGUCGUCGUCUACUUGAUCACCAAGAUGGACAAUCUCAACAUUUCAUCGAAUGGUGGACCCUUCUUGCUUCGCGCUUGCGGGGACGGCCGCAUCUCGGUCGUUGACGCACUUCUCCUCGCCGGUGCCGACUGCAAUGCGGCCAACUCGCACGGCAUCACACCGCUCAUGGGCGCCGCGUACUUGGGUCACACUGCGAUCGUGGCCCGCCUGCUGCAAGAGACGUUGAUCAACGUGGAUGCAGAGGACGAGAGCGGGCGAACCGCCAUCUUUUGUGCGGUGCAGUCGCUCCAAACCACGGAUGCGCCGCUGGCCAUCCUGUCGAUGCUCUUGGCGGCUGGCGCCAACGUGGACUCCGCAUCCGACCAUGGCCACACGGCGCUGUAUCUUGCGGCCAUGCUUGGGAGCGUGGAGAUUCUGCAGCUUCUGGUGGCCCACGGUGCCAACGUCGCCCACAUUGUUGAGACACCGGUGCCGACGACAGCCGUGGCAAUGGCGAGUGUCCAGGGUCACGCGGCGGCGGUGCGCUAUCUCCUAGAGAUGGGUGCGCCGAUCGACAUUCCUGAUGCCAAUGGCGCGACGGCCUUGUUUUGUGCGUGCGAACUCGGAAACAUCGAAUUUGUGCGCGCGCUUGUCGAGCACACGGACUGCGAUAUCAACGCGGCCGACAAUGAUGGCAACACGCCGUUGCACGCGGCGUGCUGGCAUGGCUUCACCGACGUCGUCUCGUACUUGCUGGCGCAGCAGCCGCGACUCAACGUCAUGGCUGAAAACCUGGUGAGCCAGGCAAGAGAAGACAGCAAUCGAUCUCACUGA